CGAACAUUCUAACUUUGACCACAAAAUUUGUGCAUCAAGUUGCAAGAAAUUUGAAACCCAAACAAGAUACUUUAAUUACGUCUCUCUUAAAGGUGGUACUGACAUAUGUAAGAGAUAUUUGUUUCCAAUUCUCGAUUUCUUCUCAAUACUCCAAAUUGCUAAAACAAAAAAUGGAGCUCCCCUGGUAUUUUUUUCUUGUUCCUCUGCUUGUCUUCAUUUUCUUCCUUCGUCAGUGGUUCUUUACCACUUCAAACGGCCAAAAAAGGUUAAUACCACCAUCUCCAAGAAAGCUUCCAAUCAUAGGAAAUCUGCAUCAACUUGGGUCCCAUCCUCACCGUUCUCUCCAUAAACUAUCUGAAAAAUAUGGUCCUGUCAUGCUACUUCACUUGGGCAGUAAGCCAGUGCUUGUUGCUUCCUCUGCUGAAGCUGCUCGUGAUAUCUUGAAAAUUCACGAUCUUGUGUGUUCAAACAGACCUAAUUCUAGCAUCGCUAAUGGACUCCUUUAUGGAUCCAAAGACGUGGCCUAUAGUCCCUAUGGUGAAUACUGGAGACAAAUUAGAAGUGUCACCGUGCUUCACCUUCUCAGCAACAAAAGAGUUCAAUCUUAUCGUGAUGUGAGAGAAGAUGAAACAUCAAACAUGAUUGAAAAACUUAGGCAAGGGUGUGAUUCUUCGAAUUCAGUGAUAAACUUGAGAGAUCUCUUAAGUUGUAUGACAAAUAACAUAAUCAGCAGAGUGGCCAUAGGGAGGACAUACGAUGAAGGGGAAGGUGGAAUAGACGUUAAGGCUCUCUUAGAAGAACUUCUAGAACUUUUAGGUAUUUUUAACAUUGGUGAUUAUAUUCCAUGGCUUAAAUGGGUGAAUGAAAUCAAUGGUCUGAACACCAGAGUGAAGAAAGUAGCUAAAGAUUUGGAUGCAUUUCUAGAGAGCGUGAUCGAAGAACACAUAAUUAUUAGGAACAAGAAAAGAGAAUACAGUGCGGGUGAAGCUAAAGACUUCGUGGAUGUUUUGCUGGAAAUUCAGAAUGGAAUGGAAACUGGCUUUCCUCUUCAAAGAGAUUCAUUGAAAGCUAUUCUCUUGGACUCGUUUAUUGCUGGUACGGAUACAACAUAUACAACUUUAGAGUGGGUAAUGACAGAGCUUUUGAGGAAUCCAAGAGCUAUGGAAAAAUUACAGGAUGAAGUGCGACAAUUAGCCCAGGGAAAAGUGGAGAUAACGGAGGAUGACUUAGGAAAUAUGCAGUAUCUUAAAGCAGUGAUUAAAGAGGCUCUCAGGCUUCAUUCACCGGUUCCACUUCUAGUUCCUCGAGAAUCAAUGGAAGACGUAAAAUUACUAGACUAUGACAUAGCUGCUAAAACUCAAAUCUUUAUUAAUGCUUGGGCAAUCGGCAGGGACUCGUCGUCGUGGGAUGAUCCAGAGGAGUACCGGCCAGAGAGGUUCUUAAAUAAUAAUAUUGAUGUUAAAGGACUAAACUUUGAGUUGAUUCCCUUCGGAGCUGGCAGAAGGGGCUGCCCAGCAGCUGCUUUUGCUGUUGUAGUAAUUGAGCUAGCAUUAGCAAGGCUUAUGCACAAGUUCAAUUUUGCAUUACCAGAAGGGAUAACAAAGGAGGAUUUGGAUAUGACUGAAUGUACUGGCCUUGCUAUUCGUAGAAAAUCACCUUUGCUAGCAGUGGCUACUCCAGACUGUCGUUAGUUAUUGCCAGAAAGUUAAUAUUUUUACAAUAUGAAAUAAGUGUACUGCUCUACUCCCUUUUUGGGUACGUCUUUGUACAUUUCUUAAUAUGUGCCGCAGAUAGCAUUAAUAUGCCAAAAACUGAUGUGUUACCUUUUUGCUUUACUAAUAAGCCAUCUUGCCGUUUGAUA